AUGGGUCAUAUUGUUAGCCAUGUUGUUCUCUUUCUUUCUCUCUCGCUCGCAUUCGUUCAUCCUCGUAACGAAGAUGUUAACACAUAUAUUGUCAGAGUCCAAAAUAACAAGAAACCAUCAGUGUUUGCAGAGGUCCAACACUGGUACCAUGCCGCCCUUGAAAGCCUGGAAGACUCGAAUAAUAAUAAUAAUAUUAAUACUUCAAAUUCAAAGUCUCAAAAUCACUCAUCAAAACUAGUUCAUGUUUACAACACAGUUUUCCAUGGCUUCUCCGCUAAACUGACCCCGCGGCAAGCCCAACAGCUUAAGGAGCGGCCGUGGGUCGUUUCCGUUUUCCCCGACCGAGUUUACAACUUACACACGACCCGGACACCUUAUUUCCUAGGCUUAUACGGUGAUACUUACCACACCGUUGCUGGGCCUUUGUUGACUGAUUCCGAUUAUGGCUCGAAUGUCAUCAUUGGAUUCCUCGACUCUGGUAUAGAUCUCGAGCACCCUAGCUUCCACGACGACGGCCUCGAACCCCUCCCAGCCGACAAGAAAUGGAGAGGCGAGUGCGCAGUACAAGGUUUUCCGUGCAACAAAAAAAUCGUUGGCGUUCGGUACAUUACCAACGGAACGUACGCGGAGCACGGCACGCUCACGGUGUCCACGGCCGCAGGGCGUGCCAUCGAGAACGUGUCUUAUCCCGAGAGCGCGAGCGGCACGGCCGUCGGAGUCGCGCCCAAGGCACGAAUUGCGUUGUACAAAGUAUGCGAUGUUUACGGCUGCGCGGGCACCGACAUUCUCGCCGGUUUCGACAGGGCGGUGAAGGACGGGGUCGACAUAAUCUCCGUCCCCCUCGAUUUCAGUGACGACGCCAUUGGGAUCGGGGCGCUUGGUGCCACGGAGAAGGGCGUUUUGGUCAUUGCGUCCGCCGGGAACGGCGGCAUUGUGACCAACGUCGACCCGUGGGUGAUGACCGUCGCCGCGGGCACGAUCGACCGCGCGCUGCCGGCCGAUCUCGUGCUCGAAAACGGCACGCGGGUGCACGGGGCUUCGCUUUACGGUGGGCCCCCCAUGGACACCUCGUCUUUUCUGACCUUGGCGUACGGGGCGGAGUGUGGGUUGUUGGACGAGAUGCAUUCCGGAAAGAUUGUGUUCUGCUACACAGACGACGUCAGCAGUGCCGUAGAGAAUGUGACGAAUGCAGGAGGUGCUGGCGUGGUGGUGGGAACUGGUGUCGACCACGUCGGCCAACAAUUUACGAUUCCUUGCCUCGUCCUGACCGAGUCCGACGGGAAAAUGAUCCUUCACCUUCUCACGGCGAAAGUAAACACGACCGUAUAUGCCACGAUGGAUUUCCGCGGUGUGGAACUCGGGAUCGAGCCAGCUCCAGCAGUAGCUUCUUUCUCCUCCAGAGGCCCUAAUCCUCGUUCGCCGUAUGUUAUGAAGCCCGACGUGUUGGCGCCAGGUGUCAACAUCCUAGCGGCAUGGCCAGAGGGCGUCGACCAGUUCAAACUUAUGUCAGGCACAUCCAUGGCCUGCGCGCACGUGUCCGGCCUCGCUGCUCUCUUGAAGGCACUCCACCCAAAGUGGUCCCCAGCCAUGAUCCGCUCCGCCAUCAUGACCACGGCUUAUAACACAGCCAAUGAUGGCAAACCCAUAAUCAAUGAUAAUGAUAGGACCUACGCUAAAACCUUAGACAUGGGAGCGGGUCAUAUUGACACGAAUAAAGCCUAUGAUCCAGGAUUAGUCUACGAUAUCACCUCGGAAGAAUAUUACGUGGCUUUCAUGUGCGCCUCAAAUCAUACCGAUUGCAGUGAAACUAGGCCGUGGGAUCUGAAUAAUCCAGCCAUCUCUAUUGGUUCGCAGUCAUUAUUACAUAAUGAUAUCACAGUUAAAAGGACUGUGACAAAUGUUGGUGAAGCUGAUGCUAGUUACACUGUGACGGUGACCAAUCCAAGAGGGGUGAAUCUGACGGUAAAUCCGAUGAGAUUAAAUUUUACCAGCAAGGGUGAAAAGCAAAAUUACAGCAUAACUAUACCCGCAACAGAUUUGCCCGAAGAUAUUACUACUGCGGAGGGGAAGAUAGUUUGGUCGGAUGGGAAGCGCCAGGUGGCGUCGCCUGUUGUGAUUGUCAACACUCCUAAUUGA